CAACUGUUAAAGAAUAUGAUGACUACUUAUCCAUGUUGGAUUCUGAAAACUCCAGGAUAAGGACUUGGCUAGACAAAAUAGGUGCUAACACAUGGUCAAAAGUAAUUUCUGGACCAAAGAGAUAUAAUAUUAUGACCUCCAAUUGUGCUGAGUCUAUGAACAAAGUCAAUGUAUGUGCAAGAGAGUAUUCAGUCUCUAAACUUGUUGAUUUUUUGCGUGAAAGGAUGCAACAAUGGUUCACAGAGAGGAAAGAUAAAGCUGAGAAAACAAGUACUAUACUCACACGGAAAUGUGAGAAACGUCUUGUAGCUUUGCAAGCUGAAGCUACACGUAUGAAGGUGAAACCAUCAUGUGCAUAUGAAUUUGAAGUUGUUGAUAGCAGAUGCACGUCCUUUGUGGUCAAUCUCAACUCUAGAAGUUGUACUUGUGGCCACUUUCAACUAG